AGUCACUGCCCUCGCUUUAUUGGCACAGGCCAUGGGCGGAUGGACAAACCAUUUAUAAUUCCUCAAUUCACUCAGCUUAUGUCCCUUCUCUCGUCUGAAUGAUGUUGCGAAGACUGUCUGCUGGCUAGAACUUGAAUUUUGAACGAGCACCUCCAUUGCCCCCUUGGGCACAAUCGCCGCUUUCCUUUCUUCGCCCGCAAUCAUGCCUUCAAACACCAGAGAAACGAACGACGAACUGAGCAACGACUAUGUUGCGGAAGUAUUAGCCAAGGAGGCCCGUGACAGCUCGAUGAAAUAUUCGUCUCAUGGACUGGGUGCUUAUUUGCCUAGAAGGCCUACAGGUGCAGCUCCUAAACCGAAUACGAGAUUUUUACGCAAUAUCAUAAAGGAAACCGACAGUCAUAACGCUGCUUUGAAGCGGAAGGAAGAAAGGGAAGCCAGGGAACGAAUGCGACAAUUACGGGGCCAACCUUCGUCUUCCUCUGCGAAUGAUACCAAAGAACGCGACCCUCAUCAAUCCCGGCGCCCGUCGGACAACUUAGAGUCGCGGAGAGACACAAGAGAAAGCUGGGAAUCAAGGCGUCGCCAUCAUAGGAGAAGACAUAGGAGUCGUUCAGCGUCCUCGGACAGAGAUCGGUCCCGCAGACACCGACGGACCCAUCGAUCCGACGACAGCGGUGAAAAGCGUCAUCGAUCUUCAAGGAAAGAACAUCGCCACCGCUCAUACUCACGUAGCCGCUCUCCACGAGAUGAUCAUGCCUCGAAUUCUCGCGAUCGCUACAGACGACGUCGACGCACGGUCUCAUUGUCGCCCUCUCGCAGCCCGUCACCAGACAGACACAGGAGUCGGAAAGGUAGAGAGGAUACAAGAUACGACGCUCGCCGCAGCUCACUAGAUGAUCGCACGACACGUGAACACACCACCGCACGUGAGAGAGGACGAACGCCAUCUCCUCCGAGAAAAGAAUCUGGGUUUGAGUCUGAUCCACUCGAGGAUUUGGUGGGACCACUACCUCCUAAGCAUGGUGUCGACGGCGAUUCGGGAGCGAUUCGCUCUCGGGGUCGGGGCGCCUAUAAAGCCAACUUGAGCAAUAUCGACGCUCACUUUGCUCCUGACUACGAUCCUACCCUGGAUGUCCACAUGGAAGACGACGAUCAAGAUCAACGAAAAGGGCCCUCCCGGCGUCCUGUUGCAGGUCUUACAACAGAGGAAGAUGAUUGGGGGCUCGCCCUCGAGGCGCUCCGCGACCGUGCUCGUUGGAAGCAAAAGGGUGUGGAACGACUACGAGAAGCGGGCUUCAACGAUGCUGUCGUUGAUCGAUGGAAGAGCACAUCUAGUAAAACAGCGACAGGCGGUGGUGAUGUUGAAGGCAGUCUUGAAGAUGUGAAGUGGUCAAAGAAAGGUGAGGGUCGUGAAUGGGAUCGGGGAAAGUUUGUCAAUGAUGAUGGACAUAUCGAUGUCAAGGCUUCGUGGUAGCAUUGUUUACAGGGAAAGGGUUCUAUGCAGCAACCGGAGUAUGGGCGUUGGAGUAUUUCUGUAUGGGUAUGGCUGGGCCGAAUAGCAUACAUCCAAGCCGGGCGUUAUGGACAAGUUAGCUCGUUCUGUAUGAUUAUAAACAUG